AUGGGUGAAAAGAGAGGAUCUUCUUCUGCGGUUGAAUCCCAGCCAUACAAGUGGCCACACAAUUUCUCCCUGGCCCCAGACAACACUGCCCUCAUCGUCAUUGACAUGCAGGUGGAUUUCUGUGCGCCUGGAGGUUACUUGGAUGCACAAGGACUUUCGAUAGAAUCUACGAGGGCGAUAAUCCCUCGUAUCCAGGCUCUCCUGGACGCUUUUAGAAAGGGCGGAUACCAGGUCUACCACACCCGCGAAGGCCACCGACCAGACCUGUCCACCCUCUCGAGCCGAGAACUCCUGCGCAGUCGCAACAACCCCAGUGGCAAGGGCAUCGGCGACGCGGGCCCUCUUGGCAGACUCCUCGUCCGCGGCGAAAGGGGCCAUGAGAUUAUCCCGGAGCUGGCCCCUUUGCCGUCGGAGCCUGUCAUCGACAAACCCGGCAGGAGUGCCUUUCAACAUACCGAUUUGAAGUUGCUCUUGGACAAUCGUGGCAUCAAGAACAUGGUCAUCUGUGGAGUCACCACGGAUGUGUGCGUGACGAGUACCAUGAGGGACGGCAAUGACAUGGGACUGGAUUGUCUUCUUGUCUCUGACGCUUCGGCGGCUGGACAACGGCAUUUACACGAAGCUGCCGUAGCAAGCGUCUGCGAAGAAGGCGGAAUCUUUGGUGCCGUAGCGACCACCAAGGCAGUUCUUGCAGCUAUAGAAACUACAUCGUCAUGA